AUGUUGACCCUGUUUACCUACUUAAGUAGUUGCUAAAUGAAUCUCAGUCCUCGAUUCAGUCUCAAUAGGAGUGAUGUAGCUGACCUCAGAGAUGUGGUUUUGGGUUACAAUUGUAUUUGCACGAUUGGCUUAGUUCUAACAAUAUACAUUCGAUAUGAUUUGAAUAUUCAAAUCGAUUAGGUAUAGGAGUUGCUCUCUGAGCAUGACAACCUUUACAAUACAGGCUAGUGGAAAAGCUUGAUCUAAGAGAUAUUAAUUGUAAUCAUUUCUCCUUAUCCUGGCUUAUAUGAUGUAUAAUACAUUGAAUAUAAUGAAUAAUUCAAUGCUCAUAUGACUUAUGAUGCUAACGAUUUAUUGCUUUGGUGCUGCUUCUCAAGACUUUAUUUAGUGAUAAGAUAUUCAUUGCUGCUAACAUACUUUAUGGGGCCAAGGUCUUAGAGAAUAUGUCGAAUGAAUGGCUGUGAUGCUUCUCUAAUGUUUGCAGUAAGAUCAGUCAUGAAAAAACGCCCUUACACCGUUAUAUUUGUAACACUAAUUAUCACUACUGGCAUAUUUGCUUUUCAAUUGAAUAUGUUUGAAGCUUAGAUAUCUGAUGAAAGUGGAUAGAAUUUUAAUAGCUUUUUCAAUUGCAUCUGGGUCGUAAUUAUUACACUUACUACUACAGGCUAUGGAGAUAUUUACCCUAAAACAUAUAUGGGAAGAGUUACAUGCAUAGUUAUUUGCUUUUGGGGAAUGUUUAUUGUCUCUUAUUUCGUAGUUACUCUAACUAAUUAACUUAAUUUUACAGACUAAGAAUAGAAAUCAUAUAUCCUACUAGAAAGACUUCAUCAUAAAGAGUAGUUAAAGUUAAGAGCUUCAAAUGUGCUCAAAAGUUCCUAUCGAAAUAAGAUGGUAAAGGCAAAUAAUCCUGAAAACAAAGCCAAAAGACUUUAAGCAAUGAGAAUUUUCAGAAUGCAUAGCAUUUAAUUUCAGCACGAAGCAAGAAAAGUAAGAAGUUACUAGGAGUCGAUAACAGAUAUCGAUACUUUGUAAAAAUACAUAGAAAAUGUCUAGGAACAGGUAAUAGAUCUAUCGUCUACAUUUGGAGAGACUUAAGAACAUCUUAAUUAUAUACUUGAUCAAAUUAAGGUUCUUAAAAGCCAAAAGUAAACAAUAAUUCCUGAAGAGUCAUCGUAAUGUUCAGAUUGA